AAAAAUUAGUCGUUUCUCAUUUUGUUGUAAAGAAAGAAAAAAUUAUUGCAUCGGCCGGGACUUGAACCCGGGUCACCCGCGUGGCAGGCGAGUAUCAUACCCCUAGACCACCGAUGCAGGUGUUAUGCGAAUUAAAGCUACCUAUAUUUGAAUGGAAAUAUGAACGCUGUAUUUGCAAUCUUCUUUUCUUCAGAGUAUAUUCCUUCGCAGCACAUGGUCUACAGAUACUGAAAUCCAUACGAAUUGUCAUAAAAUAGUGAUGUAUCCAGUCGCACAUUCCGCCAUCGCUGUCUCCAUUUGUUUACAUUGAGAUCGCACUAUUUUGAUUUUUAAAUGGAGCUGAUGAGAGCUGUAGCUAUGGUAUACAAAAAACGAACAGCUGUUGGAAACAAUGCUGUGCGCACUGCACAGACUCGAUAAAUAUGACGUGAUAACCUUAAUUGUAAACAUCGGAAUAAACACUGAGUGAUCCACACAGAAUAAGGAUAAAGUCAGUAUUAUUUAUUUAUUGUAAAAAAAUGGAUUCAAACAUCACUGAAGAUGUGUGUAGAUUAUGCGCAAAUCGGGGAAAGCGAUAUCAUUCAAUUUUCGAUUUGGAAUCCAAUUCAAUAGCUGUGAAAAUCAACAACUGUUUACCAAUAGAGAUUAGACAAAAUGAUAAAUUGCCGUCUCACAUUUGCUCUGCAUGUCUGGAGGCUCUGGACAUAAGCGAUAAAUUAAGAGCACAGUCUCUGGUGGCUGAUGAGUUAUUGAGACAGCAGUUGAAAUUAAUCUUAAUUGAUAAUAUUAAACAGGAGAAAGAUGUGGAUGAUGACUCUCAGCAAAUUGACACGACUGAGCGACUGUAUUGUGGUAUAUGUGAGAUCAAUUUUUAUAGCAUGACUGAUUUCGAUGAUCACAUGACGGCAUCGCACUCUUCACAAUGGAUUUGUAAUCUUUGUUAUGAAGAUUGCCAAACGUCGGAGGAUCUACUUCGACAUAAAUAUAAAGAACAUUAUGGAAUUGUUGAUCAGAAUAAAGAAACUGAGACUGAUCUUCCUAAAGAAGAUGAUGUUCAUUCUCCUGAAAAAGCUACGACUGAUGAUCAAGGAGAAGCAGAAGAGUCCGAUGGCUCGGCGAAUAUUUCAGAUCAUUACGUCAAUGUUAAUGAGGCCAUUGACAUCAAAGAUGAAGACCCACAGAAUUCUCAGGGCAUUGAGGUACAUGCACAAUCAUCAAAAAGGAAAAAUAUUGUUUGCACAGUCUGUGGUGUAGAAAUCGCAACGGAGGAAUUGAUGUCGCUUCACGUCAAAAUGCAUGAGCCAAGACAGAUUUCUUGUCAAACUUGCUUCCGAGAGUUCUCAUCCCCCUAUGAUCUUUUCAUUCAUAAGCAAAAUGUACAUAAAGUUUUUAUUGAUCAGAAGAUGAAGUGGUUCUGCGAGAAGUGCGAGAGAUUUACAGCGAGUGUUCAGUUUCUGAGACGACACAAGUUUUGCGCGAAAAUUAAGCAGAAAUGCAAGUAUUGUGGCCAGGAAUUUUUGAAGAAAUCUGAGUUGCAGAUUCAUCAGAAUAAAAAUCAUUAUGAAGAUGUGAUGAAGGAUCCAGAGUCGGAGAAGUUCGAAUGUGAGACGUGUGGGAAGAGCUACGUGCAAAAAGCUAAUUAUAAUUCCCAUAUUCGGCACCAUCAAGCCAUAGAUGAAGGCAAAUUCACAUGUCCCACCUGCGACAAAAAAUUCCGAACCUCUACGAUAUUGAAGUCUCACAUCGAAAUGUUGCAUGAGAAAAAACUUAAAUAUAUAUGUGAUAUUUGUUCCAAGCGCUUCUGGGGUUCGAGGAGUAUGCAAGAACACAGAAAAAGGCAUGCGAAUCAGACGUGUCAGGAGUGUGGAGAGAAGUUCGAUAACACUCGAAUUCUUGCUACACAUUUACUGAAACAGCACAAUAUUUCCGUACCCCAUGCCGGGAAAUUCUCUUGCAAAAUCUGUGGCAAAAAGUUCCUCAAGUUGAGACUCUUGCAGGAUCACAAAAAUACUCAUACUGGAACGAGACCUCACGUUUGUGACAUGUGCCAGAAGACUUUCAGAACGUAUGCGGCAAAAUGGGCCCACGAGCAGAGGCACAAGAAUGAAGGUUUCGUUUGUGAUUAUUGCAAACAUAAGUUCACGGAUAAAAACAACUUGAGGAGACAUAUCACUCGGCAUUUGCCUCCAGAAGAAUGGAGAUAUCAGUGUGAAAUAUGCGAUCUGAAAUUCCAAAGACACUCCAAUUUACAGCGUCACGUAGAGAGACACAAAGCUAUUCAUCCAUAUCCAUGCAAUAUCUGUGAAUUUCGAUUUCCCAGUAAAAGAACCAUGACAGCCCACAGAAAUCAGAGCCACAGAGAAAUACUUGGGUUCGAUCGUCUUCCCUGUGUUUAAUUGUGACUGUGAGAAAAUAAAAUUGAUACAACUUUGUUGUUUAA